AUGCCUAAAGCAGAAGUCGGCUCGACAAAGUAUCUGAGCAACAAGCUCAAGAGCAAAGGCUUGCAGCGGCUACGGUGGUACUGUCAGGUGUGCGAGAAGCAGUGUCGCGACGAGAACGGCUUCAAGAUGCACACGCAGUCUGAAUCGCACGUGCGGCAGAUGCUCGUUGUGGGCGAUGACCCGAAGAAGUUCCUCAACGAGUACAGCAACCAGUUCCUCCGCGACUUCACACAGUUGCUCCGCACGGGUCACGGCGAGAAGCAGGUGCAGAUCAAUCACUUUUACCAAGAGUACAUCGCCAACAAGGAGCAUGUGCACAUGAACGCGACGAAGUGGCCCAGCUUGACCGAAUUUGCGAAGCACCUGGGCCGCGAGGGCAUCUGCCGCGUCGAAGAGAACGAGAAGGGGAUUCACAUCGCGUGGAUUGACAACUCUCCCGAAGCCCUGAAAAGGCAGGAGGCGCUGAGGAGGAAAGAGGCACAGGAUCGGGGGAAUGAAGAGGUCGAGCAGAUGAUGAUCCGGGAGCAGAUCAAGAGGGCGCAGAAGGCCGCUGAGGCGAGAGGGGAGAAGGCGGACGACGACGACGAGAGGGAGAGGAGACUGCAGAGGGCCGACGGGGAGAAGAUUUCGUUGUCUUUUGGGGCUAAGCCUGCGGCAGCGGCGACGACGAAGGAGCCCAGUCCGACGCAGUCAAAGUCUGCCGCGCCCGAGGCUUCAACGACCGCGUCCGCAGACACAGCCGUAAAGCAGCAAGACGAGCAUGUCGCAAAACAGGGCGAGAAGCAAUCGCUCGGUGGCGGCUUGUCACUAAAGAUGACCGCGAAGCCGCAGACUAAGAAUGUCUUCGCCCAGGCCAAGAAGAACGCACUAUCGGGCGGCAGCAAGAAGACCGCCAUCGUGCAACCCAAGAAGAUGAGCGAGGCCGAGAGGAUCAUGAAGGAGGACAUGGAGAGGCAGGAGAGGAAGCGGUCGCGGGAGGGGUCCGGGUUUGGUGGUUUUUCGUUCAAGAAGCAGAAGACGGACCAGCGGUGA